UGUGCUCCGUGCCGCCGCUGCGCGCUCCGAGCCCGCUGAGCCGCCGCACAGUCCAGCGCUAUGGCCCGCGAAGAGGCGGCGGUGGCCGGCGAGGAGGCUGCGGCGGGCGAGGGCGGUGGGCUCCUGCUGGAGAUCGUAGGCUCCCCGCUCAACCUGAGCCUGCUGGGCCUCUGCCUCUUCCUGCUCUACCAGAUCCUGCGGGGCGAGAGGCCCGCGGCACCCGCGGGCGAGGCGGACCCGCCGCCGCUGCCCAAGAUGAAGCGCCGCGACUUCACGCUGGAGCAGCUGCGGCCCUUCGACGGCGUGAGCGACCCGCGCAUCCUCAUGGCCGUCAACGGCAAAGUCUUCGACGUGACCCGCGCUAGGAAGUUCUACGGGCCCGAGGGCCCGUAUGGGAUUUUUGCUGGAAGAGAUGCAUCCCGGGGUCUUGCCACUUUCUGCCUGGAUAAGGAGGCACUGAGGGAUAAGUAUGAUGACCUCUCUGAUCUCAACGCUACACAGCAAGAGACCUUGAGGGACUGGGAGUCACAAUUCACUUUUAAGUAUCAUCAUGUUGGUAAGCUGCUGAAGGAGGGGGAGGAACCCACUGUGUACUCUGAUGAAGACGAAAAGGAUGGCAAGGAUGCAAAGAAAGAGUAGAUAUUGCAGUGAGGAACAAUCUCCUUUUGAACCAUAAAGGAUCAUUUGUAACAUUCCACUUCUGCUUCAAAAGGUGCAGCAGCAGCAAGGCUUACAAUGGUUCAGAGGUACAGUGAAUGGUUUCUUUUCAAAGAUUUCCUUUUCAAAUUCAGUGGGAAGGUUCUGAAGAUCUAUGAUCUGUCUUCCUUUAAACCCACAUAAAAAGAAGUAUGCAUGACAAAUGUCUGUGCAAAAGUAAGCUGCAAUUUUGGCAAUAAAGGACUAUUUUUCUGCUAUCACCAUUUAGUGCAAAGUAGAUCAAAAUCAAGUUUUUCAUUACCAACCUAGCAUUGUGGACACAAGCACUUGAAUAACUUCAUAUAUGCAACACAAACACCACUAAAUCUUUUGUGUUAGCUUCUGCAGGACCUGGUCCCUGGCCUGUAAUUCCUUUAGAAAAAAGGGACUAUAUUUUGUUUGUCCACAAAGCAUCAUACUUUGUUGUGUAGUAUAAUUCAUUAUUAUAUAAGAUAAUUUGGUUUUCAAGGCGCUGCAUUAGCCACUUACAGAUGAAACACUAACUGCUUUUAAAAAAGAUCAAGAAUUUUUGAGAGGUUAAAUCACUUUUAAAUAUUUAAUAAGGACCGAUGAAUGCUUGAUGUAUUCAACAUGUAUAAUUCUGCAAAGACUAAUAUUCUCUGUUCACUUUUAAAGCACAUCUAUAGUGUUACAAAAGUUUAGAUAUUGAGUGGAACUAGGCGUCCCUAAAGGUACACCAUGGAGUGUGACUUGACUAUUGUUCAUUCAAUUUUCUUCUUAAUAAAAAGCGCUCCUGUGAAUGUUAAUGGAAUUAUAUUAAACAUGGAAGAUCAGCUGCUCUUGAUUCCUAGGCCGAAAAAACCAGAAGCUGCUGGUAUGGCAUGAUUAGUAAGUGCUCUUGUACAUGCACCUUUACCUAGCAGAAAAACAUUACUGGUCAAUGUAACUUACGUAAGUUAUGUGCAAAAUAAAACAGUGUAAGCUGUUUCUGCAUUGAGGCCUUUGUUGAUUUGGAAUGUUGCCAUUAAACAAAAUGGCACAAUCUCAUGCAUAACCAGCAGUGCUACACCUGUGGACCUGACCUUUGAGUUGUUUUUCAUCUAUUUGCUCUCUUGGCUUUAACUGUAUGCUUAAUUACUACGUUUUUUCUAAGUGGCCUGCCUCCUUCCAGAGAGGGCUGGGUAAAUGGAUAUGACCAAGGAAAAACAUAAUUGUUCACCUUCCAAAAUACUUCCGUAAAACUUUCUUAUAAAUUCCAAGAUAACUAAUGAUUUGCUGAUCACUUGUGAACUUGUUUCUUGUCCAGGUGAUUCUGCUAGUGCAGAAUAUUCAGGGUGCCUGUCUGGUGUAGUUCCCUCUAUUUAAUUUCUCUGGCUCAGCUGUGUGGUUAUUUCAAUUUGGCAACAUGAUCAAAAUGAUGAACUGAGUCCUCUGUGGGAAGGUGUAAACUAGGUAAAAGUGUUCGGGAGUGUUGCACUACAGCAGUUUUCAUAAGUGCCUGACACCAACUGUGGUGAGAAUAACCAACUCUCCCUCAGUCCCAACACUGUCCUGAGAUUUUCUUCUGGUUGCACUGGGCAUUCCGAUGAAGAGCAAUGUUGUUUGAGCCAGAGAGUUUGUGUAAAGUGGUACUCUAUGGACUACCUAACGAAGGUCUAGAGCCACAUGUAGACCUUGUCAUGAUCUUUGUGUUGCUAUUUUAUUUUUAGAGACAUUUAUACUCUUGGCAAACUACUACUAAUGGUUUACCUCAAAUUGGAAAUGUACUUUUAUUUGUUUAAGGCAGAAAAUAAAAUACUCUUGCAUAA